UGGAUAAAAGUCGGUCGUGCGGAGCCGUUGUCUCCAAUAGUAUCUGGAUGCAUUGUAUGCCUUGUUAAAAAUUAAGGGUUCCCAUCAAAUUUCACGUAUAGGCUAUUGCUCACAGAAUGUGCUGGUGGAGGGUCAAAGUGACUUGUAUUGCUUCACUGUGCAGUCUGAUCUGUACCGGACGCGAUGAACAUGGUGCCUUGGACGCAUUUCAGAGUUGGAACCCAACUUGUUUUCAUCCCGCGCCAUGUAACUGGCACCAACGUGUCGUAACAAGCUAGAGUAAAACGUCAGAUUUAAUUCAAGGAAAAAGUUUUUUAAACAGGAGCACUUAUCUACCUCGCAAGGAUGCCGGAUGUUCUGGAUCUGUACAUUGGAAUGGAGCUGCUCAUUGCCCUUUUCUCUGUCAUUGGGAAUGUUAUGGUGGUCUGGGCUGUGAGAAUCAACCGAACUCUCCGUGACACGACCAUUUAUUUCAUCGUCAGUUUAGCUCUGGCGGACAUCGCAGUUGGGGCACUUGUCAUUCCUCUGGCCAUUACCAUAAGCAUCGGGCUUAAGACAAACUUUUACAGCUGUCUGCUGGUUGCAUGUACUGUACUGGUACUAACGCAAAGUUCAAUUCUUGCCCUUCUGGCUAUUGCUAUUGACCGCUAUCUGAGAGUCAAGAUACCAAUGAGCUAUAAAAGAGUGGUGACUCCAAAUCGUGCCGGUGCUGCAGUGGUGGUGUGUUGGAUGGUGGCCAUCGUAGUUGGCCUGAUGCCUAUGUUGGGCUGGAACAAUCUGGACAAGCUACAACAGACAAACGGCACAGUGGGUGUUGACCUUCUCAUAACCUGUGAGUUUGAAAAUGUCAUCAGCAUGGAGUACAUGGUCUAUUUCAAUUUCUUUGGCUGGGUGUUGCCACCACUCAUCCUCAUGUUGCUUAUCUACAUUGAAAUUUUCUUCAUAAUCCACAAGCAGCUCAACAAGAAGGUCAUCACCAACCAAACAGACCCCACUCGAUAUUAUGGGAAGGAGCUGAAGCUGGCGAAAUCUCUUGCACUGGUGCUACUUUUGUUUGCUGUUAGCUGGCUACCCCUACAUAUCCUAAAUUGCAUAACUCUCUUCUGUCCUAAUUGUGACAACUCCAUGUGCCUUCUUUAUGUGGCUAUCUUGCUCAGUCAUGGUAAUUCUGUUGUCAAUCCCAUUGUUUAUGCAUUCCGCAUUAAGAAAUUCCAGAAUGCUUUUCUUAGGAUUUGGAAACAAUAUGUGUGCUGCACAGACAGUCCAUGUCUUUCACAUAGAUAGCACAGAUGAUAUCUGUUGGUAUUCUAAACAGGUCACUGUGAGAAUCACUUUUUAAAAAUGUACCUACACAUGUUUGUAUAUUUAAAUAUCCCUGAAAACAACCCAAUCCGAACCAGCCAUAGAAAAAAAGGCAAAUCAUCAUAUUCUUAAUCAUCUUGAUAAAUUACAUAAUAUUAAAAUGUAUGUAUUUGGUGUUUUCAUGGAUUUAUACUAUUUGCCAAUAUUAGACAAUAUUGUAUUGUCUGAAGGAACAGUGGACUCAAAAAUAUAUAUGUGGAGGCCUGAAGUGUAAAGAUAGGGCAAUUGCUGGAUCCACUUAUUCCAUACUCACUAUCUUUCAGCUUAGUCCCUGUUUUAUUAAGGGGUUGCCACAGCAGAAUGAACUGCCGAUUACUCUUGUAUUAGCUGUAUCCAGCAGAAGCCCAUCCAACCACAACGCAGCAUUGGAAAACACCCAUACACUGUCAUUCACACACACUCAUACAAUACUGCCAAUUAAGUUUAUUCACCUAUACUGCAUUUGUUCGGAAUUUAAAGGAAAGCAGUGCACACAGAGGAAACCCACGUGAACAAAUGGGAAAUAUUUCAACUCUGCAUAGAAAUGUCUCCUGGUCCAUCCAGGACGCGAACAAGCGACCUUCUUGCCGUGAGGUAACAGCACUAACCACUGAGCCCUGUCGGCCCUGUCUUUUGUCAUGGUCAUCAAAACGUAUAACGUGGAAAAAAAGCUUAGAAUCUCUUUAUUGACAUGGUGGCUGGAAAUAUUGACAUUUUUUUUUGAGGAACUACCAGUGGUAAUCGCAAUAUUAUUGUAAUGGUUAUUCAUUCAUUCAUUCAUUUUCUUUUCGGCUUAGUCCCUUUUUUAAUCUGGGGUCACCACAGCAGAAUAAACCGCCAACUAAUCCAAUAUAUGUCAGGAUCAGUUGCACAGAGAGCUGUGUAGACCCAGAGCCUGGAGCUUUGGUGUUGAAUGCUGAGCUGUAGUCUACAAACAGCAUUCUCACAUAUGUGUUUUUGCUUUCCAGGUGAGACAGCAGUGUUGAAGGUGAAAGCAAUUGCAUCAUCAGUGGAGUGAUUAUUCCUUUAUGCAAAUUGCAGAGGGUCAGCGUGAGCGGGCAGUACAGAGCAUAUGUGCUUUUUAAUCAGCUUCUCAUAGCACUUGCUGACCAGUCAUUCAAGCAUGUGGUUUUAGCUAAUUUCGGAAUGGGCACAAUAGUAGCUGUCUUAAAGCAUGUGGGAACCACUGACAGAGAGAGCGAGAGGUUAAAGAUGUCCAUGAAACUCCCUCUAGCUGGUGUGCGCAUGCUUUAAGUACACGUCCAGGGAUGCCAUCUGGGCCCAUAGCUUUCCAGAUGCUCACGUGACGGAAAGAUCUUGUUACGUCCGCUACAUAAACAGAGAGUGUGCUGGCGGUUUCGGUAUCUCUGUCUCUGUAUUGACAUUUUGCUGCUUUGAUGGUUUUCCUGAGGUAGUAAUUUGCUUGUUUUUGUUCCUCAGCAUUUCUGGAUACAUAGGCGGAAGCUCGCACUGAUAGGGUUGUUCGAAUUUUGCCAUUAAUCCAUGGUUUUUGGCUGGGGUAGAUACAGACAGUUUUUUUGGGGACCACAUCUUCUAUAGACUUUCUGAUGAAGCAUGUAACUGUGUCUGAGUACACUUCAAUGUCUUCAUCAGAAGCUGCCCGGAACAUAUCCCAGUCCACGUGAUCAAAACAGUCUUAAAGUAUGGAAUCUGAUUGGUCCGUCCAGCUCUGAAACGCAUAGAUAUAUACACUAGAUGUCGCCUGGCCUAUUGUUGUCUAUUGGACGGAAUGCGUCAAUAGCGCCGCCAUCU